AUGGUGGGGCUCUCUGACCCCGCCCUGGACAGGACUCGCUGCUCCCGCCCGCCCCUUCCGCCCGCCCUUUCCGCCGCGGCCAUGGCGGAGCCCGCCGGGUCCUUUCACUUGUUGCGAGCCGGGACGAGCCGAUUCCUCUGCUACUGCGGGCCCGACGGCGCUGUCUAUGUGACCGACGCGAUGGAGGUGUGGGCCGGGGAGCUCGGCGAGUGCCCGGCGCUCAGCUGCCGGUGCCCGCCGGAGGAACACGGCGCUGUGCUCAGGGCCGCCCUGGGUCACGGGGCCGCUGCGCUGAGCCUGGGCCCGGGUUCGGCCACGCUGCGGCUGCCGGAGGAGCCGCGCUGCCCGGCCGUGACCCUCGUCCAGCUGCCCGCCGCCGAGGCGCGGAGCCAGCUGCAGGCGCUGGUCUUCGGCAUGGCCAGCUGYAUCGAGAGCCUGGAGAGGCGCCUGGAAGUAGCAGUGSAGACAUUGGCAUCUUCCUGCAGUCCUGACAAGAAAGCUGCCCAGAGCCAGCAACUAUUCCUGCCAGCAGACCCCAGCCCCAAGAAGAGUUUGGCUUCUGGCUCAGCUUUGCCAGCCAAGAGGAAGGUCCCGGGGGAGUCUCUCAUUAACCCUGGUUUCAAAAGCAAGAAAGCACCAUCUGGCGUGAAUUUCGAGGACUCCUGACAGGUGCUGUCCUAUGCCCUGMUGACAGCCCUAUAGACCCCUGUGUCUGAAGGAGGGGGUGUCCCUGUGUUCUGGGCCUGUUGAGCWUCUUGCACCCAGGGACACAACAGAGCCAGUAGCACCUGGCAGCCACCCCUCAGCUGUGGUGGUGGCAGGGCUUUUGGUGGGGACAGAUGAAGCAGGAGGGACACCAGCAUGGUGGGGUUUUCCCCUGCAGCUCUUCCCUGCUGGCAGGGACCACCUCCUGGCCUCACUGUGAACUGGUGGGGUUUGGAUGGAACUUYUAUACCAUGGAAUGGAAAGAUCACCUGUGCUUCACUUCUUCCCAGUAAAGGUGUUUUUCACCA